AUGAGGACCUGCUUAGACCGGACGAACCAGACCCCAACGACGAGAACAAAGGUUAUCGUGUCCAGGGCCCUACUCAAGCAUCAGAAGAGUAUGUAAUCCCAUUGUUAUUUAUUACUUCUAAUACUACUACUACAUUGUAUGAGUACAAAACAUACAUUCUAAAAUAUCUAUUUGAGUAACUGAAGCUCAACGUAAGUUAGCGCUAGCUUAGCUUAGAGGCCCACACGCAAGUUUACUUACAAUAGAACGCUAUGUGUAUUAUUUCUUGUCACUGAAUUAUCACUUUAGUCAACAUUCUCAUAGUUCUAACUAUUUAUUAUAUAUAUAUCUGACAAGUGUGUUUUAGUCAUGAUUUUCUUUUCUCUUUUGUCUUGUUUGCACAGUGAAGAUGAUUAUAGGGGUGAUGAGCCACAGCCAGAGCAUCUGCCUCCUCAGCCACAGCUGCCCCUUCCUCAUGCAGAGCCUCCUCUUCCUCAGCCUGGCCGCAUGUCUAGACAACAGACUUUUGCUCCCCACCCUCGGCCACAGUCUUCAUCGGACACUGAGUCCCCUGUAAAGAGCCCUCAACCCAAAAGAAAAGGGAAAGCUUUCUCAAAGUCAGUGCAUCCAAGUAAGCGUGGUGGAGGUAGGCCUGCCACUCCAAGAGUCGGGGAGGAAGAAGAAGAUAGGUGGCAUAAUAGAGAAGAGAAUGAUGAACGACCAGACCCAAUCCGGUUUAUGCCCACCAGAGUCCCAGGCCCCACAAUCGACACCACUGUGUCAUGGUCUCCCCUUUUACUCUUUCAACAGUUUUUUAGCACUUCGGUUGUCCACACAAUAA